UUGACCAGUAGAUGUCAGUGAGGGAGCAACUGUGCACCAAAAUCACAAUAUUACAGUUGGGUCGUUCUUGGAAAAACUAAAAAAUCAUUUGAAUCCAUUGAACAUGGGGAGUGGAUUGGCAUUGAUGAUAAAACCAGAGGUGACCCCCAUGGGAGAUGAUCCACCGUCUUUUGAUGCAAUGCUGGGAUUUAAAAAUGGAAGGAAACCAAGGGUGAUGGUUGCCACUCAACAAGAGAUGAGAGCAGCAAGGAUCGAAGACGAAUUUCGUGAUUAUUGUGCUCAUCAUUAUUUACAACUCGAAGUCUGCAGAAGAGAAAAUUUUCCAUGGGUAAUGAAAUGUGGAGCUGAAAAACAUAAGUGGGAUGUCUGUGCCUAUGAAGAUUACGUUUUGAGAAUGAAAGAGUAUGAACGUGAACGGCGACUCCUAGAGAGACAAUGCAAGAAAAAGCAGGCAGCCGCCGCUUGAAUACUACUUUCAAUCAGCAGGUGCCCAAAAGAAAAUGAAGAAAAUAAAACAAAAAAGUCAUCUCUGUCGUUAAUACUUAGAUACUACGAAAAACAAGAUUCUCUAUCUUGUUUAUGUACAUAAUUUGAAUGGAUUGCAUUAAUAAAAUUCAUCUAAUUGUUGA